AUGAGCUGAUCGUAAUGAUACUGUUAAAAACUCUUCGGGUUGGAGUUGGAUCUGGGGUAAAUGAAGGACCAGGUUGAAACAUCUUAUGGACAUGAAAGCAACUCGAUAAUCCACUUUACGGGGAAUGACCUUUCAGUCACUGAAGACCCAGGUAUACAUUCUCAUUCUAUAGUUCGUUCUAUACACCACUGAUGACGCAGUUGGACCGCUAUAGUCUAGUCCGUCCAAAAGGGUGUUUCGUCCUAGACGGAGUGGACUAACUCAUCACACAGUGGCGGUGACAGUUUGAAUAAACGUUCUCACGAAAUGGAAUAAAAGAAAACCCACUGAGGGAGAUAUUAGCGGAUAAAGACGAGACGAGUAAAUAAUAGAACAUGAAUAAUACGAUUUCAGAUCUCGCCCAGUAGACCGUAAAAGCGGAACAGUCGUUCAGAAAAAGAGGGCUUCGUUUCACAUGUCGCUGUAUAAGGACGCCAUUUCUCACAAUAUUAGCUUAACUGUGUGGAUUAUAUCGGCACAACUUUAGUGCAGUUGCUACCAAAAUCCAUUUGGAUGUAUGUUCUCAGAGCCUGGACGGUAUUUUUGAUGUACUAACCUCCUGCAGUACCACUAUCACAUUGGUAGAAUGACUUGUUGAAUGCGAUGUGUAUAGUGUGCCUGCCCGUGGCGUGUUCACUGGAUUCUAUGCUUGGGUACGGUUCGGGGACGAGGGACGAACAAAGCUCGUGAAGACGGAUGUUGACGCUUCGAUGUUCAACUGCGAUUUCAGCCAUGUCGCCCUCUAUAUGAAAAUCCUCGGUUAGUGGCGUCUUGAAUAAGUCAUGAUCCUGUCCUUACUGCAUUCCUGAUGAUAAAGGACACUAGUCUUGCCAGAGAUCCAUAAUCAAGUAUUUUGAUGGAACUGCUUGGUCUUUAUACUUGCUUGUCAAAACCAAAUAAAACGGUCACUGUGUGAUGCUUACUACCCAGUAUCACCAUCGCAACUACAGACUUCAUUAUGUCGGCAUUAUCGACUGCCCAAUCAGAAACGCCGUCAAGUAUGACGUCACCAUCUCCAACGAAUAUGAAUACACCUUCGUCUAACACAGCUGCAGUGAUUGGGGCUUUAAUAGGCGUUCUCUGUGUCAUUGUUGUAGUGGUUCUUGCUGUAUACUUUUGGUAUUUCAAGCGCAGGAAGCAAAGUCAUAGCUUCCAUGAAACUUCUGCUAGCGACGAAGUCCAUGCUGCUCCAUCUUUCCGUGUCCUAUCUACCUGGGAAGAAGCAAUAACCAACCAGCAGAAACAAAAAGAUGCUUCAGAAUACACACCUGCGCCGAUGGGCUACUCCACACCAGAUUUAAUAGCUGGGACUACUGGUAGUGACGUCACCCAGAACAAUCAAUAUGGACGUUUACGAAACGAUACGAUCACAUCAGAAACAUCGAACUUGCCUACGAUUGAGGAAGUGAGUGAUCGUCCGCUGUCGGUAGGGUUUGACAAUCCAGGAUUUGACAUAGGAUUGGAUGAUAUACUUGAUACACCACUAUUUAAGUUACGGGAAUCAAGUCGAGAAGAGGAGAGCGAUAAUGAAAGGAACUCAAGCAAAUCUUCAACAGAUCUUGAAAAGGAUGUAUCGAUAAUUACGGCUGAUCCUACGAAUGAAACGACAAUCGACAUUCAUAGUGAAGAGGACGAUCAUGUAUCGACCAUAGAGAGUGGAUUAUCGGACGAUCGUGUAUCGACCAUAGAGAGUGGAUUAUCGGAUGAUCCGAUUGUUGAGAUCGACGAUGUUUCCCAGAGAAUGGAAGUGGUGAAUGAUACUAAGUCGGAGGAUAUCGAGAAUGGUCUCGUAAAUGCAGAUUUUGAAAUGGGAGCCGAUAUAGAUGGUAAGGAUACAUCAUCGGAAUCACCAACGCCAUCACCAACGCCAUCACCAACGCCAUCACCAACGCCGUCACCAACGCCGUCAUCCGAUAUCGACAAUUCUACUUGAACAGUCCUACAAUAAGAUCA